AUGUCGUGUUGUUUAUCAGAGGAAGCUAGAGAACAACAAAGAAUCAGUCGAGAAAUUGAACGUCAGUUACAUAAAGACAAAAGUGCUGGGAGGAAAGAAGUGAAAUUAUUACUACUUGGCACUGGAGAAUCUGGUAAAAGUACAUUUGUAAAACAAAUGAGAAUUAUACAUGGAAGUGGUUAUACAGAUGCUGAUAAACGUGCUUUCAUAAGUUUAAUCUAUCAGAAUAUUUUUCUAGCCAUGCAUACAAUGUUUGAUGCUUUGAGUCUACUUUCAAUUGAAUUACAGAAUUCUGAGAAUCAGGAGAACAUGCGACUUAUCCAGGAAGUUGAUCCAGAAAGUGCAACUACACUGUCAUCUGAACAAAUAGAGGCUAUACACAAGUUAUGGGCUGAUCCAGGAAUGAAACAAUGCUAUGAACGUAGACGAGAGUUUCAACUAACUGACUCGUCCAAAUACUACCUGGAUAAUUUUGACAGAAUUGCUGAUCCAGAGUAUUUACCUAAUCUCCAAGAUAUUUUACGUGUUCGUGUACCAACAACUGGUAUAGUCGAGUAUCCUUUUAACUUGGAGUCAACUGUAUUCAGAAUUGUAGACGUGGGUGGUCAAAGAUCAGAAAGACGGAAAUGGAUUCAUUCUUUUGAAAAUGUUACUUCUAUCAUAUUUUUGGUUGCACUGAAUGAAUAUGAUCAAGUUCUUGUAGAGAAUAAAAAUGAGAAUAGAAUGGAAGAAAGUCUUUUACUCUUUCGUACCAUUAUAAACUAUCCAUGCUUUCAAACUUCAUCAAUCAUAUUAUUUUUGAAUAAAAAGGACAUUUUAGAAGAGAAGAUACAAUACUCCAAUUUGGUUGACUAUUUCCCUAAAUUCACAGGUCCUAAAAACGAUGCAAUCGCUGCACGUAAUUUUGUUUUGAAAAUGUAUCAAGAAUUGAAUCCAGAUCCAGAAAGGGCAGUUUAUUCACAUUUUACUUGUGCUACAGAUACAGAAAAUAUACGUGUCGUUUUUGUUGCCGUCAAAGAUACAAUAUUGCAAGCCAACCUUAGAGAAUAUAAUCUUGUUUAAAGCUUGUAUAACAGUAACGAAGAUAAAUUCAUUAAACUAAAGCAGUCAUAGAUGUUAUAAAUCUUUUCUUAUUAUCCACGUAUUAGUAUCAAUAACUUGUUUUUAAAAAAAUAGUUUUAUUACUAGCUAUCA